AUGUCGGCUACUGGUCGUCCUUAUUCCAGGCAUAUGAACCGUUUUGGGAGAUCGGAUGAAGCUCUGCAAGGUGUUCUAGCAUUCGAAAGAUGGGAUAGAAUGGCGCUAGCCAACAUCAGGAAAGUCCUGGAGCGCCACGGCUUCUCCUCUAAGGCUAUACUCGAUGGAGUUAGUGAUUCGGCGGCGGUGCUGUUACAGGAACCUCAUUUACUACCCAAGCUACAAAGGAUAGGAUCCCUACAGAAGAGCAGCCUUCAGCCGACAACUCCACCUGGUCCGUGGACAAAAGUGGAGAGUCGGACAUUCGUUAUGGAGCCGUCCCUUGAAUGUCCCCUCAAGUCCCUCGAGCUUCCUCGAUCUGUUGGAACCUUCACGGAAAGAGCGGCAUCUUUCAAGUUACCUCUGUCAAAGUACACUCGAGCAGACGAUAUGGUCGACAUCGUUGAGAGUCAGGGGUACAUUCACGUUUUGUCGGACUCAGUGGCCGACGGAAUGCGCCUCUACAGCGUUGACACCGACAAAUGGGAAUGCACACAGCGAUCUCUAGGGAUCAGUGCUGCGAGAUGGAUGCACACCGAUGCGCCCAGUGCAGAGGUUGUCGUUAAUGGUCGGAGGCCGAGAUCCAGAAACAAGCCCCAGUUGAUGGUGGUGGAUCAAAAAGUUCUUGUAUGGAACCCGGCAGCAGGGAUUCUGGUGGCAAUGCCUGAGCACAACAGGAACCGCGGUGUGGUCCAUCGCCUGUUCGUAUCGAAACCAGACUCCUUCAUCGCCGUGGCCGCCGGAGAUGGUCGGUCCCUCAAGCUCAUCGGAACGAGAGAAAUGUACGAAGUUGACAUAUCCCAAGAUUCCGCCCGCCUAAGACUCCUGCUGAGAUCCCCGGAGACCCUAGCCCACAUCACGAACAUUGCCUCUGGAGGUUCUGCGAUAGUGGUCACCGCACAGAAUGGUCGGGGCAUGCAGAUUGAUGCUCGGGGUGCAUCAAGGCUAGCUUUUCCAGUGGCACCGGUGGUCUAUGACUUCGCAAACAGUGUGUAUCAAAGUGCUGAUCCGACCGGGGCCUUCUUCUACCGUGUAGAAGUCGACGGCAGCAUAUGGGAGUGUCCCGGAGAGGCCUCGCGAGCUGGUUUUACCCUGUCUUCUGUCGUGGGGCGCAGUGGUACGAUAUUGAACUGCAGAGUCGGAGAGCUGGAGAUCGUCGAUACGGUUCAGCCGGCAUCGGUCCGUCAUUUGCCUUUGCGGGAAUGCGCUGUGCAGUGCAUAACAGAGAUGAAGGAGGGGCGGCAGCUAGCGAUACUUUAUACUGAUGGGUGGAUUGAUGUUAUCGAGAUCCUGCGAGAGCAACUAGCGGUGGCUGAGAAAGAGUACCGCCAGCUGAGGAGCCUCCCCACCAGAGAGGAUCACAGGACUGCGAGUGGGCAGCCGAAGCACGGUAAGGAAGAUGACGCCCCUCAUGUCGGGGGCAAUACCUUCGCUGGCGGUACGGGAGGGGCGGAUACUGCAGGUCUCGGGGGCGUUGGAGGGCCGUACCGGCUUGACAAGGGCCAUCCCGUCCAUCAGGUUAGCGAUGAAGUGAAGGCGUCAAUAUCCCCUGAAGCGGCCGAAGCUGCGCGAAAGAUGGGACAGGAAGCUCUACGCAAGAGGUUGGAGGAGAUCAGAAUGUCCGAGGCUGAUUGGCAACGAUAUAGAGAGAUCGUGGAUGGUGUAGCCGAUGAGAUUGCCCAACUUCGACGUGUGCUGCACACCGCAGACAGCAGGUUGAGGGAGAGGAAAUGGCUGGCGGGCACUGAAGGAGAGCUGGACGAAGAAUAA